CCCCUCCCACCUCACCUCACCUCACCAUCCCACCAUCAUCAUUUCCCGCUUUAGAUUUACCAAAAUGAUAUUACAAUAUAGUAGUUCUACACACCAUGUGCGCACUUUAGCCCGCUCUCGCGCUCACCCCGCAUACACCAAACUUUAUUUGUACGCACCAUAGGCGCAUUCUAGAGCUGCCUCUUGUGGCAACUUUUUCUCGGACAGCCGCCUCCACGUGUCUCCUUAUCAACCGUCCACGUCACCUCAGUGUCUUCUUCUUUCCUCGUCUAGCUUUAUCCUUUGCCCAUUCUCUUUCUCUCUGUAAUUCUAGGGUUUCUGUUUCUGCUUUACUCUCUUCUUCUUUGGCAACUGACAACUGAGUUGACACAGUUCUAAAGAUAUGGGGUCUAUCCCCGAUCCCGGCGAGUUGACUGAGUUGACUCCACCGAGUUUUGAUGAGUUCCAGAGGCAGACUUCUCUGAUGACGAGCUGUACUCUGCUGUGGAAGGAGCUCUCUGAUCACUUCACUUCGCUGGAGCAGAACCUCCUGAAGAAGUCGGAGGCAAUCAAACGCAAAAUUCAGACUCUGGACAACGAGACCAAGGAGUCACUCCAUGAGCUCGAGAAGCGUGAGGUCACCAUCGAAGGUAGUGUCAAGAUCGCACUAGGUAAGGUCGAGGUGAGCAAGGAGGCUGCGAUCAUGGCCAUGGAGAGAGGUCCUGGGGAUGAGGAUGGAGAGGUCGACGAUGGCGAGGGCCUGCUUUUGAGGCUGAAAUGUUUUUGUCUGAAAAUGGACGCGGAAGGGCUCUGGAGGUUCGUGACUGGAAAGAAGAAGGAAUUGGAUGCUCUUAGAGCUCAGAUGCCUCUAGCUUUGGCUGAAUGCGUUGAUCCGGCAAAGUUCGUUCUGGAAACGAUAUCGGAGGUUUUUCCGGUGGACAAGAGGGUGGAUAAGAGCGAUAGAGGUAACGAUUUGGGUUGGGCUUGUGUUCUGAUGCUGGAGUCGCUGAUUCCGGUGGUUGUGGACCCGGUCAUCGGGAAAUCCAGGCUUCUGGUGACGCCGAGCGUGAAGACACGCGCCAAUAAGAUCGCGGAGACAUGGAAGGCGAGUUUAGAAGAGCGCGGUGGAAUAGAGAACGUGAAGACCCCAGAUGUCCAUACAUUCCUGCAACAUUUGGUGACUUUUGGAAUUGUGAAGAAGGAAGACGUGGAUUUGUACAGGAAGCUUGUGGUUGGGUCUGCCUGGCGAAAGCAGAUGCCUAAGCUUGCAGUUUCGCUUGGUCUCUCUGAUAAAAUGCCUGAUAUGAUUGAAGAAUUAAUCGGUAAAGGGCAGCAGCUUGAUGCUGUACAUUUCACUUAUGAAGUUGGCCUUGUGGACAAGUUUCCUCCUGUUCCUCUGCUCAAAGCUUUUCUCAAGGAUGCUAAGAAGGCUGCAGCCUCCAUAAUGGAGGAUCCCAGUAAUACUGGCCGAGCUGCGCACCAAGCUGGCCGUAAAGAGCAGUCAGCACUUCGAGCUGUCAUCAAGUGCAUAGAAGAGUACAAACUCGAGUCUGAGUUUCCUCCCGAAAAUCUCAAGAAGCGCCUUGAACAGCUAGAGAAGGGCAAGCCAGAGAAGAGAAAGACGGUCCAAGUUCCUGCGAACAAGCGAACACGAGCCAACAAUGGAGGCCCUAUGCCUCCUGCCAAGGCUGGCCGAUUGACGAAUGCAUACGUCUCUUCAUUCCCUGCUGCUCCAACAUUUGUGAGGUCUCCUUCACAUGGUCAUUACGCUGCUCCAGUUCCUCCUUACCACUCCCCACCAACCAUGUAUGGCAGCAGAAGCCCACCAACAAACCCCUAUGUGUACUCACCCGAGGCAGCCUCCAUGGCUGGAUCAUACCCUGGAGCUCCCAUGACCUAUCCCGCAUAUGGCGGUUAUGGCAAUGGUAUGGCACCAGCUUAUCAGCAGGCUUACUACCGAUAGACAUGACUACUUUUAAAGAAGAUGGUAACCACUGAUAUAUGAUAUAUAUAAUAUAAGAUAUGACCCCAAUCUCAUCUGCUUUUACAAUGGUGUUUGUCUGUAAUCACUAACCUUUUAAUGGUAGCGAUAUGGUCUGUAUGGUAAUCUGUGAUAUUUGUCAUGCUUCUUGCUUUUCUCAAAGUGAGAAGCUGUAUUUCUAAUGUUGAUGAUCAAACUGUAGUAGUACUUACUAGGUUAUUGUGGAAAGUAAUUAGGAUGACCGCAAUACCACCAAUGUUGUCUUGUUUA